GUUCUCCUCAGUGUCUCGCCGAAAUGCCGGCUGGCCCCAGCUUCGCUCGGCUGAGACUAACGCCGGUGUGCUAGCUCUCACCCGCGAAAUAUAAGUUUUUAUUAUAAAAUGACGUUUUUUUAAGCGUGACCUUGCGUUAAAGGAUUAAAAACUGGCACGCGCGACGUGCUUCUCUUAGGGCUUGUGGGGAUUUGCUCUUCUCUGCGGCGCCCUGCAUUGCAACGGAAUGAGAGCUGGAUGGACUGAAAGUCGGACGCGGAUACAGGCUGAUGGGCCGGGAACAACGGGAGGAAUAGAAGCCUGCAGUAGCCUGAUUUAGUGUUCAACGCAGGCAUGACCUACAUAGCACAGAGCUCAGUGGACGCUCUUUGAGACAUCCCUGCUCUAUGGAUACAUUAGACAGCAGCCGACGUCCUGCUCAACCUUGUAACACAGUAAUAAGUGACCUUCAUUUUUAUUUGCUGCUGCAGGACUAUGCAGAAUAAGAGGCAGGGAUGUGCAUAUGACUGAACAAAGAGAAUCACCCGUGCUGCCCGUGUCCUAUGCAAAACAAGGGAAGCAGCAUGAAAAGCAGUGUGUGCUGGAUGCUUUGCUGACCUUUUGCCCUGGGGUCAAAAGGAAAAAUUCGCCAAGCAAGUGUCCUGAGGCUUCUGGAUUCUUUCUCUCAGCACACCGCCAGACUAUAGACCAGGUCUGCCCUUUGGAUUAGCGUCCAGCUCACGAGGCCCGCAGCGGAGCCGGGAUCAAAGGUCCAGAGAAGAGCAGGGCUGAAAGGUCUUUUUAAGCAGGAGCCGCCUGCAGAUGCCUUAUCUACUCACAAGCAUGAGAUCGCGUGGCUGUGGUCACCAGGUGUGCUGUGAUCAGCAAUAAACCCCAACGCCAAGCAAUAAAAAGUGAAGCGCUUUGCAGGAGGAGUCGGAUCCAAAAAGAUUUUUUGGCCGUCAGCAACAUAAGCUGUCGUCGUCAUGCUUCUGAACUGCGGCCAGCCGUUACCUCUUCUGAGGCACACAGACGUGCCACCUCGGGUCAUAGAAAACUUUAUCCUGACUGGCUACCGCUUCCCAAACUACAGCCUGAGAGAUUGCUUACUGUCAGCAUUCAGGCCCACCAACGAGACAGGCAAUUUCUGGACGCACUUCCUGCCAGUUUUCAUUUUUUCGUACUAUUUUGUGGAGGUGUUUGGUUGGGAAGGUGCGCCACAUGGCGACUCCCCAUUCUUCUAUCCGCUGUGGAACUACUACAUCGGGGUGUUCUGUCUGCUGAUGGCUAGCAGCAUGGCCCACCUGCUCAACUCGAUGUCUCUGGUGGUAAGAGAAGUCUGCUUCUUUGUGGAUUAUGGCACUAUCAGCGCCUACACGGUUGGCUCAUCGUUGGCGUACUACUACUACAUCCAUCCUCGGGCAGGGAUAGUGGAGACAGGAGGCCACAACGGCUCCCAUAUGGACUUGAAAGACGAACCCACGGGGGCUCUUACAUCAUCCUAUGCAGUCCCAGAGUUCAGUGUCUUCUUUGAGACCUUCUACAUCCCAUGCGCAUGUGUUGUGGCGAUCAUUUGCGUCCUAUCUUGCUGCAAUACCCGCCAGAGGUGGAGGAAGCAUCGAUACGUCAUCCGAACCCUCGUGUUCCUCCUCCCGUUCCUCGUCUCUUCCACGCCGGUCUUCUACCGCCUCCUCACCAGAUCGCCUUAUCCCACCGCCUCCUCCUCCUUCACUGCUUCCACCUCCACCGCCAGCUUCUUCUACCGCCACUGCCUCUGGCUGCUGGUGUCCGCCGUCUUCAACAUAAGCAAGUUCCCUGAGCGGCUCGCCCCGGGUUGCUUCGACAUCUGGGGGCACAGCCACCAGUGGUUCCACUGUUGCACCUUUUUGUCCAUCCUCGACGAACUCCACAUGAUAAAGGCUGAGGUGAGGGCUCUCCUGCUCAGCCCGACUCUGCUGCUACCCCCUGCCACCCUCUCCCGUCUACCCGGACCCACCAUCGCUUCCACCUACGGGGUGAUGUUCCUCCUCCAGACCACCAUCAUCUCCAUCAUCGUGUGGUUCUCCUGGUGUGCCAACCGCAUCUACGGACCCCAGAGGGACCAGCUGGCAAAGGAGCACCCGAAGAGACACCUGAAAUGCCACUGAUCGCAGAGACAUCUUUUUUUUUUUAACCUCCCCGACUGUGAAAGAAGAUUUGCACAUGCAUACAGAGCCAUGCCACAAAAGACAAGCGCACAAGUGAAACUUCCCCUCCAAUUUCAAGUCCGUCAUAUGUUCCAACCCCUUUGGGAGUGUUUUACGAGCUUUCGUAGGGGGAAAAUUGGGGACAACGAGGGAUGAAAGGAUUAUAUUCUGAGCUCACCACAGGGUGGCUGUCUGGUUGAGUGGAUAUUGAAAGACCUUGCCAGCUCUCUCCCCUGAUCUGCUCCAGCAUGUUCCAACAGGAUGUCUGGCGAUAAUAACUACCUCUAGGGACUGCACACUUGAGGACAGGAAAGGUGUUGGUACCCAGGAGAACACAUGUUCCAUUAAAACAUUUGGGUAAUGUGGCUUAACUGUCAGCGUGACCACAUGUUGUCGAGUAGUUCCUCUGUUGCUCUUCCCUUUCCUCUCUCUUUGUAUCUUUCGAAAUUUAUCCGAUGUGCUUGUCGUUGAACCUAUUGUUUCACAUUAGAUGAAUCCUUUUUCCGUUAACCCGCUUCUCCUCCAUGAGCGCCCCCUCGUCGUCUCAUUUCCUUCCUCUUUUUAAGUGACCCUUGCGGCAGGAAGCGUCGUGGCCUUGACGACACAACAGAAAUAACUGAGAGCUCGUGCAGCAAAGCACUUUCAGGGGGCUGGUCGAACUCGCCCUGUCAUUAAGACGCCACGCUUGCUUUUUUAACCUCAAGGGAAGCAAAACGUCUCUGAAGCAUAUGAUGAUGUCCUGCUGACAUGUUGGGUUGUUCAGAUGUGAAACGUCUUCAGUCGGCACAUCUGCUGUAUGAUUUUCAUGACUAGUUCCACGUAGAUUAUGUUCACGCUGCUUAAUGCGCUCUAGUUCUGAUUACACGUGAUGUAAAUGUUUUUUAAUCAGUAUGAAAGGUGUGCUGGGUUUGUCUGGGACACACAGCUCAUGUUAAUGAUAUUCUAUUAUUCAAGCUGUAUUGUGAACAGAGGUGAAAUGAGGACGUGAAACUGGAGGCUGCUUUUCGCGGAAGCUUUUCACGUCAUGUGAUGCACAACCUUUCAAAACAAAAGCCAUAGUCUGGACAAGUGAUAGGUGAAAAAACACAUCAUCAGGAGCUUGCCGGACAGAUUUGCACAGAAAGAUCAGAUAAGUUCACUUGGCAGUUUGGACCUUUCGUGUGUUAUCAUGAGAUUCGAGUCGCAGAGCUCAGCCUGUUUUUCUGAGAAUCAGAGUCCAUUUAACAACAUUGAGCUGUUCCGAAGGUAAUUCCAUAACCUUUGAUAACUCUAGUUUUAAAAAAAGAUCUAAUUGUUCAGGACUUUCUUCAGAACAGCAUUAAAUGUUGUUUAAGGACCUUCGGCAUUUUAUCCAUUAGUGGAUAUUCAUCAUUUCAGAAGAACAGAUGCUGUGACAGGGCUGUGACUGGAGUGUCAUGAUAAUACAUGAGAGGCACAAACUGAUGGUUCUCCAUGUAGAUCCAGAGCUAACAUCACUGGAGAAACUGCCAUCCCUUUAUUCAGCUUUGAACUGCAUGAAGCUUAGUCUUGUCAGCAAUUAUUUCGGUGUUUCUAUAGGAUCAUAUCCUGCCCGCCCCAUUGUUAGCUGUCAUGUGGAGGCAACCGUGCAGACGUCUUCUUUCCUGUUUUUUUCUGGCCACAUUUUAUUGCGUGAAGCUUCGGACCUUGGCCAGGUUGUGCUUUUGGUUGUCUUGAAUCCAAUUUUACAAAAUGAUCUGUCUCUGGCUGUGCCAGCUGUCUGCGUCCAUAUUUGUCAUGUGUUUGCAGUCAAUCCGUGAUGUCCAGACAGAAGAGAGGAUGAGGGACAGAAUGUAGCCAAUGGUCAGUAACGGACAAAAUAAUGUAAAAUAUAGCAGGACUUUCUAAUAUCCCAACUGAAUAGAAAAAGCUAAAUUGUCUAACACUUCUGUAAAUGAUUAUGUAAGUGCAUCAUGUGGUCCACACAAAACUGAGCAUUUUCAGUUCUGCUGGGUUACAUUUAGCUGCAGGUCCAGUUCUAUUCACUAAACUGCAUUUCCUGUCUUCAACAAGCAAGUCAGAGUGGGGGGUCCAACCGUGUCUCAGAGGGAUCUGGGUCCAAGAUCCCACAUGUUGAAGUGUUCACAAACAAUCAGUGCUGCAGUGAACCUGAGCCUGACCUCCCUGCUGAGGGAAGAGGGAAUAAGAGUUUGAUGGAGGAUUCUAGAAAACGUUUCCUGUGUUUGCAGUUGAUUUGCACAAUGAAAACGGACCAUCGCUGAAGAUUGGAGAAUGUGUGUUUUCUCUGUGUCAUGUUAUUCUGUCACGUCCUUGAUGAGUUCGUCCUGUUACAUCUUAAACUGUAAGCUCUUACUCGUACGUCACAUUUACGCGUUGGUAACUCAUGUUGGUCGCUGUCUAGUUUCACGAUUACCUCUGUAUUAGUUCUGCUCAUAUCUACACAUUUACUCGCGUUUCGAUGCAUUCGCUUGCACAAGACAAAUUUACAGGACCAUUUUGAGAAGUUGUGAUAAUCAUGCUGUUAUGUUGCACUUUAACGCUUCUUUCAAGCACCUCAAAAUGCUCCUUUAAGGGUCAAGCCCGCAGUACUGUAUUAUUUCGGCACAUUUCAGGGUCAGGUAGUGCUUUCCAAUCAACAGUCAGAGAGAUUCUCCAGAUCACAACGUGGAAGCGAUGUUUCUACCUCAACGGAGCAUUUCUGUCUCUCUUGUCACUGAGAAGAACCAUCGUUGAGACUCGUCCCCUCACCCGUCCGGACGAUGGGUGCCACACUUGAAUCUAUUGAUGUUAAAGCAGUGUUCAGUAUGUGAAUGUUAGACUUACAGACUACUGUAAUCUUACCUAGUGAUGCACUCAGGGGUGACUGAAGAACGACACUAAUACAUUAUUUACACAUGCAUUAAAUUAUGAAUUAGUAGAGGUGGAGGACGUGUAUUGAAUCUGCCUGUUAAUGCUGAAAAAGUGAAAACCCUCCUCCAUUAUGUUAACUGGUGUAUCAAAUAGCAGUUUUAUGGAUUAUUUGAGUUGUAUUGAAUAAAUUAUGCAGAG